AUCUAAUUGGUGCAUCCACGUUCUCCGGAACGCUAUCCGGAUAUACUCGAGGGAUUUCCCGCAUGUGGGCACCGGCAUAUAUGCUCCACGCGCACGGCGCCGCGACGGAACACACACUGGGGAACGACUCAGCCCGGACAUGGACUAUGCAGAGAAUCUGCGUCGAUCGCCCGUCUUCCGCGGUACUUUCGAUCCAUCUAUAGACCAUGGAGACUCUGCGUCUACCCUCCCUCGCGGCGGCGACAGCCCUGUAGAGAUUCACCUUCGACCUGCGCGCCACGACGUGCACGACUUCAAACUGGACCAUCUUCCGUCUCAUGCAGCCGCACCGUUCGACCGGUUCGAUGCACACGAGAAGGCUGUCCCCGACGCUGACGUUCCCGUCCUGUGCGAGAAACAAGUCACGAUCAUCGUGCUGUUGGCACGAGUAUGCACCGUGUACGACGCGACGCCCAAGACGUUCGUUGCGAACGUCUUGCGUCUCCAUCGACUCGGUAUCAUCGACUCGAUUGCGUUCCUUGCCGACUUGGGACUACUUCCGACAUCGCCGCUCGCGUCGUCGCCACGACCCACCGACUUUAUCGAGCCAUGGGACUCGGAUCCCCGGGGCCUCCAUCUCAUUCCUCAGACGCUCAACAUGUCGCGGUACGCUCGAGACUUUGACGAGGUCUGUCUUCUCGGCCAAGGUGGGUUCGGCCAGGUCUUCAAAGCCCGACACAAACUCGACGGCAUCUGCUACGCGAUCAAGCAAGUCAACUUUGUCAACAAAGGAUUCCAGUCGCCGCUCGUGCAGAACGUGCUACGAGAAGUCCACUGCUUGGCGAGGUGCGACCACCCAAACGUGAACAGGUACUACAGUGCGUGGCUCGAGCCCACGUGGGUCCCGAUGGGGCAACCGUCGGCGUUUCCUGCAACGGCGGCGUCGGCCGCCGCCGCGACCAAGCCCCAUGCAUCAAGUGGAGGCGGCGUGUCGCUGUCGUCCAUCGAAGCCAAGCACGAAAACAGACAACUUAUCGAAGACAUUCGGCGCUUCGUCGACGACCUCCAAAGCAGCGACAGCGACGUGCUUUCCAUGAGCUCUGCCUCGACUGCGCCUUCGUUUGUCGCGUCCGACUCGUCCUCGGUGGACUUUUCCUUCGACCACAGCACGUCCAGACAAAGCAACUUCAGCGAUCUUCCCAUGUACCACUCGACCGGCGACCUCUCGACGACGAACAUCGUCCACAACGCAACGACCCAUCACAGCCAAACGUCCGAGUCGUCGUGGAGCCAUCAUCGCACGGCGUCGAUCCGUCCGGACAACAUGCAGCUCGAGAUUGUACCCAAGGUCCCUCCCAGUCUGGUGUCGCGGGGGCGCGCCGCUCCUGGGAUGGAAUGGGCAUGGAAUUUAAAGCGGCACUGGAACAUGCCGGACUCGAUGCACCACCGCCGCCCGGCCAAGUUGCGACUCGGGAUGAAAGGCGAGCCCGGCGCCGAUCCGAGCGGCGGACCGUCCUUCACGUACCACGUGACGUUGUACAUUCAAAUGUUUCUGUGCGAGCAGUCGACGCUCCACGACUGGCUCGAAGAGCGCAAUCGAUAUCGCAAAGUGGACGGGGACCAGAGCUUGCGGCUGUUCCGGCAGCUCGUCGACGGCCUCCUGCAUGUUCAUGAAAACGGGAUCGUCCACCGGGAUUUGAAGCCGAGCAAUGUCUUUCUCGCCCGCGACGGGUCGCUCAAGAUUGGCGACUUUGGGCUGUCCAAGCUGCUGGCGGACGCGAUGUGCGACGAUGACGAUGUCCGCCGUCGAUCCCAGACGCCAUGCGAUCCGCGCCACACACAAGGCGUCGGGACCAUGUCGUACGCGAGCCCCGAACAAGUCGCGGGCACGGACUACGACGCCAAGGUCGAUUCGUUCAGUCUCGGCAUCAUCUUGCUCGAAUUGUUUGUCCCGUUCCACACGCGCAUGGAGCGCGCCGACGCAUUGACACGACUUCGUCAAGACCCGUGCGAGCUGCCAGCACUCGUCACCGAGACAUAUCCCCAUGUCGCCGUCAUGAUCCGAGGGUUGGUGGCGCCGACGGCGUCCCGAUGGACCAUGCACCAGACCAAAGCGUAUUUGAACGACGAGUUUCCACAUGUCGAGGUAGAGUGCAGGGGAGGGGCUGGCGAAGUGGUGGCAUUGCGCCAGCAGCUCAAGGAGAACCAGGAACGACUGGCUCAACAAGAUGCGAUCAUCGAAGACCUGCGCCGCCAACUCGCCGCCAAGGCUUUGUGACGCCGCCACGUCCGUCUAGCGCGCACCUCACGGCAAGCGCCUCCCCCUUGCAAAAUUCCUCGAGUCCAGUCGACAAAUGAACAAGCAUCUUUGUUUUGGU